UGAGUCAAGGAAUGUGUGCGCUUGUUUUUUACGUAACAAAGGGAGUGGGGACCGUAAACAACAUUUCAAGGACUCUUGCAAAGGGAGUGGGGACCGUAAACAACAUUUACAGCUCACCUUUCUUCUUCAACCUUCUUCUCCCAACAAAAGAAAACCAAAAACUAGUAAUCAAGAAGAAGAAACAGAGUUCUAAUGGAUCUGUGUUGUUGUUGUUGUUGUUGCACUAUUUAUUAUUAUGUUACUGCUGCUGCUAUUAUCACCUUUUUCUUGUCCUCUGCACCUUUCAGCAAUGCCCAACCUCCACCUCCUGCUUCUGCUUCACCUUCACCUUCACCUCCAUCUCCACCUCUACCUCCACUUCCAUCUCCAUCUCUAUCUCCAUCUCCAUCUCCAUCUCCUACUCUUGUUAAAAUUACUACUGGAACAGUUAUUGUUGUUAACAAUAUUCCAUCUUUACCUGAAGAACCUCCAUCUCCAUCUCCAUCUCCUACUAUUGUUGCUGCUUCAUCUCCAUCUUUGCCAGCAGAUUCUUCUCAAAGAAAACCAAGGCAACUCAUAAUAAUCAUACUUGGGUCCAGUCUCGGAGCUUUCUUUGGUGUAUUUUUUGUGGUUGCCUUUUACUUUUAUAUUUUUAGAAAUAAAGCAGAAUCCAAGGAACUUGAUGAAUUCUAUGUCGAUCAAGUACCAGGGAUGCCUAUCAGGUUCUCUUACAAAGACUUGAGAGCCAUGACAUGCAAUUUCAACAAUAAGCUCGGUGAAGGAGGAUUUGGAUCAGUAUUUCAAGGGAAAUUAAGCGAUGGCACCAAGAUAGCAGUGAAGUGUCUCAAUGGUUUUGGUCAUGUUAAAAAGUCAUUCUUAGCCGAAGUUGAGACGAUAGGCAGCAUUCACCAUGUUAAUUUGGUGAGGUUAAUUGGAUUUUGUGCUGAAAAAUCACACCGUCUUCUAGUUUACGAGUAUAUGUCCAAUGGAUCCUUGGAUACAUGGAUCUUCCAUAGGCACCAAGACCUCACUCUUGGGUGGCAAUCCCGGAAGAAGAUCAUCAUGGAUAUAGCCAAGGGACUAAGCUAUCUCCAUGAGGAAUGCAGGCAGAAAAUACUUCACUUGGAUAUCAAACCCCAAAACAUUCUCUUAGAUGAACACUUCAAUGCGAAAAUUUCGGAUUUUGGAUUGUCAAAACUAAUUGAUAAGGACCAAAGUCAGGUUGAAACAAUAAUGAGGGGAACCCCAGGCUACUUGGCUCCCGAAUGGUUGAACUCAAUUAUCUCUGAGAAAGUAGAUGUUUAUAGCUUUGGUGUCGUGGUCUUAGAAAUGUUGUGUGGGCGCAAAAAUUUGGAUAGGUCUCAACCUGAGGAAGAUAUGCAUUUACUAGAUUUAUUUAAGAGGAAAGCAGAAGAGGAACACCUUCUGGAUAUCGUUGAUAAAUACAAUGAUGACAUGCAGAUACAUCGAGAAGAAGUUGUGGAGAUGAUGAGGGUUGCUGUGUGGUGUCUACAAAGUGAUUUUUCCAGAAGGCCUUCAAUGUCAGUGGUGAUUAAGGUCUUUGAGGGUUCUGUAGAAGUUGAAAACAAUUUGGAUUAUAACUUCACAACUCUUGUGGUACGAAGAGCAAUAAGAGCUGAUGGUCACCAAGAAGAUGCCAUUGGUGCUGCUGCUAGUCCAUUAUUUCCAUCGGUUUUAUCAGGACCAAGAUAAAGCAAGUAGAAUUCAACAAACAAAUUACAGUUGACUGUUUAAAGUAUUGAGUAUUUCUUUCUCUCCUUUUGUUUUUUUUUUUGGUCUAAUAAGUUUUAGGAUUUCAAUUUACUAUAAAAUUAAGCAUCACUAUACAAGGGAAGAAAGCUAUGGAAACAUGUCUUGUACAAUUCCAUGUUCACACACCCAGCUCUUCUAAAGCCUAAACAUGUGGUGAACUAUAAUUGAAGAGUUUUAUUUGUGCAAAUCACACCCCAUGAUACCAGGAUUAAUGGUGUUUUAGGUAUGUCUUCUUCCACUGAUAAAAUUUUGACUCUGUCAAUGAUAUUCUUCCUUUUUAUCUU